AUGCAGGCCUGGGGUUCUGCCCUUAAGCGAACUCCCUGUGCUCUGUUGCCUGAGGGCAGCAGUGCAAUUCAGAAGAUGGAGAAUCUAUUUUCUUUGAAAAGCAUUGUUGCUAACUGGCUGAGACCCAGCCCGACCUCCUGGGUGAUUGAUAUCAUCCUCGCAUUCCUGUGUGGACUGGGGCUCUUCCUCCUGUUACUCCUCUGCUUUCAGAGUAAUCCAUCCUUACCACCACCUAGGAAACAUAGAAAUAUCAGGAAGCAUCACGUGGAGCUGAAGGCGAGGAGCAGGAGUAGCAAGAAAAGUAGGUCUUUGAAAGCUUGCAGAGACUGCCUGGAAGAACUGGAGGGCAUUCACAGCCUGGUUUCCCUUCUUCAAAGCCACCUGGGGAGGCUCCGUGACAAGGGAGGUUUUCAUCAGCUCUCAUGUCAAGAUCCCCCUGGUGAGGUGUGCAAAACAGUGCCUGCGGGAGCCCGCCAGCCAUGCGAGGAGUCUGUGGAAGAUGCUGCUCCGGCCAUGUCCCUCUUGGCUCCUCUGACCAAGCGCCGUCUACCUCUGGCCUCCACCAUUUCUCCAGGCCAGAUGACCUCUUCAGUUUCUGUUCAUUCACACACAUCCCUGAGUGCCUCUCAGUCACCAGAGCCUUUUCUUCCACUGGACAGCAUUUCACCCCAGUCACUUGCGCUUUCCUCUGCCCCAUCAUGUCUGCCUGAUUCAGAGGCUGGCCUUCCAACAGCCUCCUCUGCCCCACCACCUCCAGACUCCAUUCCGACUCUUACUCAGUGUAACUCCUCAAUGGCACUACCACUGGGCACUGUUCCACAGAGCUUGUCUCCACAUACUCCUUGGUCAGCUUCUCUCAUCCCAGCCAUCUCAGACCUUGGGCGCUCAAGCUGUCCCAUUUCAACCCUGUCCUGGUGGCAGGCAGCUGCCGAAUCCUUGUGCCUCUCAUCCUCAUCACAGUGCAAGUCCCAGAAAAAGCACCUUUCCCACAACCCACCAGAGGCCUCACUCUGGGUGGGCUCCACAGACAGACAAGUAGAGGCUGGUAGCCCUUCUUUGCUCAGCUCUGAUGACCAGAACCUCCUGGAGAUACAAGUCAGAAAGACAGUCGAGAUCAAGAUUUGGAAGGAAAAAGAUGGAUCACAAAUGAGCCCAGAUUGCCACCUGAAUCCUCUGGGGAAUAUGUUGAUAUCACUGGGUACUGAGCAGGACACCACAACCCCCCAACAUUUCUCGAGCACAAAAGACAAGUCAGAGCAGCUGUCUUGUCCUCAGCAGUGCUCAUAUCCUAAGGUCUUGGGGGACCAUUUACAGCAGAAAUAUAACCAGCUUUUCUGGGGUCUCCCUUCUCUGCACAGUGAAUCCUUGGUAGCUACUGCCUGGAUCUCUGAGAGCUCUUCAGCACCACAGUCUCCUUCUUUCUUAUUCAAUGGAAUUUCAAAUGCCUGCCCAGUUCAAACGCAAGCUAAAAUAUCCCCACCUAUUUCUCAGUUCCAGCCCCUGUCUCAUCUGGAGUUCCAGUCUCAACCCUAUACUCUAACAAUACCUCAAUUCCAGCCCCCACCUCUGGCUCAGGUCCAAACCCAGGCACAUCUCAAACCCUCUCUCCCAGUCUUACCACCUUCUCCAUCUCAGAUUAGGGCCUGUGGAGUAUCUUGCCCUACAGUCCAGAAUAAACCACAAUCUCUUACCCCAACUGAGAUUCAACAUUCAGAAUGGUCCCUGUUGCAGAAUCAACUAGAGAAUGGGUGGGCUUUAUCUUCUGUAGUCAAAAGAUCUCAGGAAGUCUUUAGUGUCUUCACUUCCAACCUUCCUGAGGACAACUGGGUGGUCUCCAUCCUUCCUGAGAAUUUUCCAAUCAGUCCUGAGCUCCGGAAUCAACUGGAACAACACCUCCAAAAGCGGCUCAUCCGACACGGGUGGGAGCUGCCCCAAAGGAUCCAAGAGUCUUUAGACGUAAGGCAGCUUCAGGGAGAAUUACCAGGGACAUGCCAGACAAAGGGCAAGCAUGGACUCUCACGGCCCUCUUCAUUUAGAGGUGAAAGCAGCAAGGAUGCACGGAGGGUGGGGUGCCGGCUAAGCCAGGACCUGGGCAAGGGCCUGGGGCAUAUUCUGGGGGAGGUCCCAAAAGAUCUCUCCAGGAGCUCAGAAAGCUGCCUAGUGGAGUUUCCUGGGGUGAAUUCUGAGGAGUCAGAAAGUGACUUGACGCUCUUGAGGAGUGACUCAGGAAUUGAUCUACUAAGGAGCUUAGAUGAGAAUCUAGAAAACAUUUUGAAAGGCCAUUUGGACAAAAAGUUGGGGCAGAUCAGUGAGGAUUUGAUUCCUAUGGACGUGCGUCAGUCCUGCCUUGCUGUCAAGUGUGCUUCUCUCCAGGCUGAUGCUCACAUGGAAACCAGAAAUCUAAGAAUCUCGAAGGAGUGGGAGCCCUGCAUGAACACCUCCCAUAGGCUUUCCUUCCUUGAUCCAGAUAUCCGAGAGGCGCUGGAAGCACAUAUUACAAGGUUUUGGGUAAAGCACAGGUGGGGCCUACCCUUCAAGGUCCUCAAGCCCAUAAAUCUCUUUAAGUUGAAAAAGGCUCAACCCUCCCGCAUUUGGCAGCUUGCCUUUCCUCCCUCAGCCACCGGUGUAUCUAGGUCUCACUCCACAGUCAAGUUUGCUGAGUUUCUGGGAAAACCUCCUCAGGCCCAUUCAAGAGAUAAGGUGAUUAUGGAAGAAUCCGUUCCCACCCUGGUGAGGCCUCUCCUUGCCCCCUCACCUGUGUGUAAGCCAAUCCAGAGGGACCUAGGAGGGAUUCCAUCUGGUGACUCCCAUGGGCCCUCAAAGGCUCCUCUGACUGGACAGGAGGGCAGGCCACCUUCUCAGUCCCUCACACUCAGCCUUGUGGGCAGAACCCAGAAGAGUGAGACUGUGGAAUGGACCAAGAGGGACAGCCUAGAGCCACAUCCACGUUCAGCAAUGGCCAGGAAUGAGCCAAGAGAGGAGAGUGGUGGUCCGGCUUCACGAGACCCCUUCCACAAGGUACAAAUGAUGGAGGUGAACUUAGGAUCCCAAUCUUUGAGAGGUGAAGAGGCCAGGGAGGCAGGGGAGGCCAAGGAGUCCCCUGUUCUUCAACCACAGUCUCGAGUUACCUUGGAAACCAAAGUGUUGACAAAAUCCCAAACCACAAGUGUACAUAUGAGGAAUUUAGAGGCUCCAGGGACCAGUAAAAGUUCCCUACUCCCUAGAAUGUCUAUUUUCCAACAUCCCGGUGAGACAUGCCUUAACACGGAGGUUGCUAGUGAGUUUAAGUCCAAAGGAAAUGUCCAGUCAGACAACCAGCUUCAAGACUGUCCCAAACAAGUGUUCCCUGCCGUGGACAAUUUGGCUUCUCAGGUGCCUCAGUGCCAUCCCCAGAGAGUCCCCACCAGAGACAGGUUAGCUUCCCAGGCCCCAAGUGGCCUUAUGGCAGCCCAAAGGAGCAGCCCAGGGCAGCAGGAGCCCAAAACUUCAAAACCUCAGGACUCAGGGAAGAGCCAGAGCAAGAUGGUUGCCCCUACUUACAAAAAAGAGGAUUGUAGGCAGCAUAAACCAGGAGAGAAUGAGGAAGGGUUUAAAGAAUUAGAGACCUCUCAAGCUGGAAGUAUGAACAACCCUACCCAGGUCAGGGGAAUAAAAGACUCUGUUGGGAGCAAAUGUCUCCAGCUCGUGCCAGAGAACAAACAGAGUCCUCCAGAAAGCCUCUUCAGAAAAAGGAUGAGGCUAUUUUUAAAACGGAUUUUCCCCAGUAAAAAAGUUAAUGGUCGAGAUGCUCUGCAAAAAUGCAAGCCCAUAUCAGCCACUGCCCAGAGCCAAGGAUCAGGCAAAAGCAGAUCAAUCUUGAACAGUGAGACUGCUGAGGCUCAGGCACUCAUGACAACUCUUGGACAGAUCCUAGAAGAAAAAAUGGCAAUUCACCACGGACUUCAUGCCAGAAAGUUAAAGGAACAAAAACAGGAACUCCAAGCCCCAGUAUCUGAUGCCCCGACACAGAUGACAACAGAAACGGACCCCAUGCCCCAUACCCGUCAGGCCCCUCGACAUGUAGAAAUGCUGGGACCUGGGCUGGAGGGGCAGAGUGGGCACAGGACUUCUCACACCCCUGGUUUCUUCCCGGAGCCAGGUCCUGCCUCUGGGCCCCAGUUCCCAAGGCAGCCUCCAGAAUGGGCAGAGCCGUGA